AUGACACGUAAAACACACUUCAAGCUUUCCCCAUCGCUCGAAUUUUCCGAUUCAAUCUCUAUGGACUCGCCGCCGCACGACCGCUGGAGCAAGCGCGGCGCCGGCCCGAAGUCGCGUUCCAGUGACGCGGCGCAGAUGAAGAGCGGCGCGGAUAAGAAGAUCAAGAGAGACAGUGAAGAAGUGGCGGAGGAGGAUCGCCGCUGCACUCGUCGCGCCGGCGCGUGGCGGUGCGGCGAGGAGGUGGUGGUUGGGAAGCCGAUGUGUGAGCAUCACUUGGCGCAGAGAAAGAGUUAUCAGAAGAAAAGAAGAGGCGGAGGCGCAGACAGCGAUUCCGGCGAAGAAGACGGAGCUAGCCGGAAAGUCAACGCCGGCGAAUCGGUGAACAAUAAGAGGAGGAGGAGGACCGGGAGUGAGUCUGAGUCGGACUCCGAGUCGGAGAAGGCGAAUAAUCGGACGGUAAAACCGAAGGUGAAUGGUAAAUCUGGAGAUUCUGGUAAUGUUAUGAAGAAGAGUAAGUUAAAAGAGGAAAAGCCUAUGGAAAAGAGCAAGUCUAACAGAAGCAAGGGGAGCUUGAUGUGUCACCAGUGCCAGCGGAACGAUAAGAAUGGUGUUGUGCACUGCUCUCUGUGUAAAGCAAAGCGGUUUUGCUACGAGUGCAUUGAAAGAUGGUACCCUGGGAAAUCAAGAGAGGAUUUUGAGAAUGCGUGCCCGUUUUGCUGUGGCAACUGCAACUGCAAAGCGUGCCUGCGCGAGUUUUUGGUUAAAGUGGAAGUUGAUCCGAGUGUUAAGUUACAACGACUGCGUUACUUGUUGUAUAAGGCUUUGCCUGUGCUGAGGCAUAUAUAUAGUGAGCAGAGCUCUGAGCUGGAGAUUGAAGCCAAAAUCAGAGGUGUACAUUUGACUGAAAUGGACAUAAAGAGAACUAAAGUAGACCGAAAUGAGCGAAUGUACUGUGACAAUUGCUAUACAUCCAUUGUCGAUUUCCACAGAAGCUGUCCGAACCCCAAUUGUUCCUAUGACCUGUGUCUUACUUGUUGCAAAGAGCUAAGGAAUGGUCGGCAACCUGGAGGUAGUGAAGCAGAAACAUCUCACCAGCAAGCUUUAGAUAGAGCCCAUAAAGAAGUGAAAGGACAUUGCUGGGAGAGUAAAGGUGCAUCUACUUCUGAUGAUUCUAAAGUUGAUCCAUCCAUAUCUUUUCCAAAUUGGAGAGCUGAUUCUCAUGGCAGCAUUCCAUGUCCUCCAAAAGAACGUGGAGGUUGUGGCAAUGUGAAGCUGGAAUUGAGGCGUAAAUUCAAAGCUAAUUGGGUGAUGAAGCUGCUAAAAAACGCAGAAGAUUUUACUACUGACUUCAAGUGGCAAGAAGCCGAUAUUUCUAAAGGAUGUUCCUGGUGCCAGCCAAAUGAUUCUGAGGGAACUAAUGAUAGCCAGCCUGAAAGGAGGCAAGCAGCUUUCAGAAAAAACAGUCAUGAUAACUUCUUAUACUGUCCAAAUGCUAUUGACAUUUCAGAUGAUGAGAUUGAGCAUUUUCAGAGGCACUGGAUGAAGGGGGAACCGGUGAUAGUCAGAAAUGUUCUUGACAAGACAUCUGGUCUUAGUUGGGAACCUAUGGUUAUGUGGAGGGCUUUCAGAGAAACGGGUGCUAAUGUAAAGUUCAAAGAGGAGACUAAAAGUGUAAAAGCCAUAGAUUGCUGGGAUUGGAAUGAGGUUGAGAUUAAUAUUCACCAAUUUUUCACGGGCUACUUAGCGGGUCGCAUGCAUAAAACAAAGUGGCCAGAGAUGUUAAAAUUAAAGGAUUGGCCAUCAUCAACUUUGUUUGAGGAACGCUUGCCAAGACACUGUGCGGAAUUCAUUGCAGCACUACCCUACUGUGACUAUACUGAUCCCAAAGAUUCAAAUGCUGGUAUUCUCAAUCUUGCUACUAGACUUCCUGAAAAGUCACUGAAACCUGAUAUGGGACCAAAAACUUACAUUGCUUAUGGAUUCUCCGAAGAGCUUGGUAGAGGUGAUUCAGUGACUAAAUUGCAUUGCGAUAUGUCUGAUGCGGUAAAUGUUUUGACACACACAACAACAGUGAAGAUCCACUCUUGGCAGCAGAAUGCCAUAAAGGCUUUGAAGAGCAAGCAUGUAGCUGAAGACCUUUGUGAACUCUACAAUGAAAGAACUCACGAGAAGGGCAAGGGUGGGGAGGGAAACAAUCUGGACAGAGCACAAUCAUGUAGGACUUCACCUUUGUCAGAUUCUGUCAAUCCAGGCAUCCUUAGAUCUGAUGAAACAGAGUAUGUUCCGGAACCUGUUGCAACUACUGAACUAAAUAAAGCAAAGGUCGCGAGUGUUGAUCAUCAGAGGAAUGAUGUGCUAAAAUCCACCUCACCUCAUGCAAACGGAGUUGAAACAAAGCAAGAGUGUGUUCAAUGUUCCAGUGACACAAUCAGUGGAAGGCUUGAAGGGAAAGAUGCUUCAAGGAAUGCAAGUGAGGUAAACUCCCGGGCAACAAAGGAUUUCAAAAGUAGUGACAAGUUGGACGUUGUCCAUGGUGGUGCUGUUUGGGACAUCUUUCGUAUCGAGGACACUUCUAAGUUAAUAGAGUACCUGAAGAAACACAAAAAAGAAUUUCGCCACCUUAAUAAUCAUCCUGUAGAAUCUGUUGUUCAUCCUAUUCACGAUCAGACUCUGUACUUGAAUGAGAGACAUAAAAAACAACUGAAGCAGGAGUAUGAUGUGGAGCCUUGGACAUUUGAGCAACAUCUUGGUGAGGCAGUUUUUAUUCCAGCGGGAUGUCCUCAUCAAGUGAGAAAUAGACAAUCUUGUAUAAAGGUAGCACUUGAUUUUGUAUCUCCUGAGAAUCUUGAGGUAUGUCUGCGAUUAACUGAAGAGUUUCGUUUACUCCCAAAAACCCACAGAGCCAAGGAAGAUAAAUUGGAGGUGAAGAAGAUGACACUUUAUGCUGUAAGUUCAGCACUGAGAGAAGCCAAAAGUCUGAUGCCGGAACUGGGACUUGACGCCGGUGCUAGAUUUUUUUAUAGCUCCAUCAAAAUAAAGAUCACUGGUGGGUAGUCAUGAUUGUUCAACUACAUCUUAUGGAAGUGAACUCUCUAUUCGAUGUGUCAAGAGACAAGAAUCCAUACAGAUUCAUAUGAUGUGUGGAUCAGGUUGUUUCAUAUCAGAUUCAUAAGAAUCCGCACACAGCUGCUUCUUAUGUAUGUAAGGGAACACCUCAAGCCGCACCGACAUCUAUACAGUGGAAGUCUUCUGAAGUAAACUCGCAACAGACGGGAAUCCGUCCAUGUUCGCAUGGGGUGUGUAUUGGGUUGUGUCAUUUAACCCCGUGCCAGUAUGCUCAAGCCGGAGUAUGCUAUUUCUUUUAAAUGUUAAGGACCGAUGAUGCCUUUGUUGCUGCAUGUUGCCACAACCACUGAGGAGGACAUAAUACUUGUUCACAAGUGUGUGAGCCUUUGAAGUUCACCAUGGAGAAACUGUUGCCAUUAUUCAUUAUUGGUUCAUUCGCUAUCUACUAGUAUAGUGAUUGUCGAAUACGGUAUUGAAGAAAUGUUUGCGAGCGGGUCUGGGUUGAAGUCUCGGAUCCUCAAGGAGUAUGAUGGAGUAUACAUGUUGUUAUGUCAGUUCAGGAGUAGGGUGGAGGCGCACAUUAAUGAAGGUUUUGGUAUAUGCUGUUUGGCUGAUUGCUUAACAGUUCAAACUUUUGCACUUGGUGGCUUGUAGUAACCGAACUUCGGUUGCAACAAGGAAGAAUUGCGGGUGUGUAGUAGUAGCUCUUUGUGUCUAUUCAAGUGCAUCUUGAAAGGGUUGCAGCUAUCUAGUCCUCGUGUUCAACAGAUGGAGCUUUAAUUAAACACCUUGGCUUGAAGGGAGCCACAAUACAGCCGCCACACAUGAUGUCUGGUUUUUAUGACAUGCGUCAAUUGUAAUUCAUCCUGGAAGAGUUGCAUCUAUGGUGCAGGCCUUACGGACAAGGGUUUGAGCUGCUGUGUAAGAACCUUAGUUGUGAAAGAGGAAGCCACACCACUUUGUUGACGACUACACCAAUGAGAAGGUUGAGUUGUGCAUGGUCUCUAUUUCAAGUGCAUGUUGGAGGAGUUGCAACCAUGUUAAGAGACUUGACAUGAGCUGCUAUGGAGACAAACUUGGUUGUGAAACAACUAUCACGCCAAUAUGUGGUGUUAUAGCCACACGUUAUUGAUCUGAAUGUUGAAGGAUUUGGAGCUAUGUGCAGGCCUCAUUGACAGCGUAGAAGCUGCUCUGUAAUCGAUCUUGAUCGUGUAAGAGGGAGCCACAAGUUGUUGACAACUACACCAAAGAGAUUAAGAGAAGGUGGAGUUGUUGAUCAAGUGUAGCACUGUCAAGGUGACAUUCUUACCUCGGAGCUGAGAGUAAGAACCUUUUUGAUGCUUAGUUUGUUUUGGGUGCUCUUGGUUUAAAGUUCUAAUUUGACAGCGCUUAAAAUUUUAUUUCCUACUUUUGAAUGUUCACAAUUUCAAAAAGUGUUAUACUUUUUUCUAUAAUGUUUUACUCAAAUUAAUAACAGGAUGCAUCAAAACCAUGAGGCCUGUUGUAAGUACACGGUGGUCGACCACUUUGAGUGUGUCUACACACUUUAUCUUGGCUUCUUAGCUAUUCUCAAUAGCUUCUCUAAAAUGCUAUAUCGCUCUAGUGUCUUU